AUGAAAAGCAAGAUUAUCGUCUAUUUUGUCUUAAUAUCUCUUGUCGCAUCUUAGAUGACCUUCGUAAGCGAGGAUCUCAUGAAUUUCUCUGUUUCCGAUAGUAAUUGGAAUUAUGGUACUACAUGCGAUUGGACCUAUAGUACUACCGUAAUAUCCCAAGUUGGAAGUUGCACCCCAAGCAGUUUCUAAUACUCUUAUGUGGGAUAAACCAAUAGUAGAUAAAUGUAUACUGUUACUAACAUGCCUCCGCAUUUUUAAGUUAAAAUCAUCGUGGAUGGCUAUUUUAUAAAUUCAGGCAAUAACAUGAACACAAUUAAUUACGAUUGCAAUGUCUCAACCACAGCAACAAAGACUUUUUAAUUUAAAAACAAUGGAGCGAAUAGUGUUAAAAACUAUUAAAAUGUUUGCAAUGCAAGUUGGGCAAAUUUUUAGAUCUAAACGUACAUACUAACCUAUGUGCACAACGAUAACGAUACACUGUAAUUUCGAGUUUGCGGAACAUUAAAUGCUGGACAGACCUAUGGAACACGAAGUUUAUAAAUAUACGUUGAUCGCUGUCAUUGGUCCUGCUUGAAAUGCGAAACAAGCUCAGCCAGUAAUAAAUGCAAAGUCUGUUUUAACAAUCCCACCGUAACAUUGGCAACAGCAGGAACCUGCGGUGUAUGUCCCACAAAUUACCUUUAUAUAGAGUAUCUGAAUAGCUCAAAAGGAUGUUUUACUGAGUGCCAAUACUAUAGAGUGCCAGACUCAAAUAAUGUAUGCUAAUUCAAUGAGAGUAAGAAAAUUUGUUUAUUAUAGAUAUGCUACCAUUUACAACCUACCUAGAUACAACUACAUUUACCACUGCAUCUCCUUGGGUCUUUGUCCCUGAUCCUAUAAAUUUUAAUAUUGUCAAUGUUGAGAGAAUAUCUUAAAUUCCUUGUCAAACUACAAAAAAUUACUUAGGUCCAUUUUAUUCGAAUGAAGGAUAUAAAUUAUAGUUAUCAUUACCCUACAAUCUAACUUACAUAAGAUUUCGUGUAACUUUACUGAAAUUUGGAACUUGGACAGACUAUUCAACCAUAAGAAUACUUUUAGACAGUGAUGAAUAGGCAUCCAUCUACACUAUUAGUAAUGCCGUACUAAACAGAAAUGGUUAGGUAUUAUUAACAGAUACGAAUUGCACAAGUCCUGUAGUUACCUAUUACAGAAUGGAAGUAAAAUUAAGAAGUAACGUUGUAUCUCCGAUCUUAUGGAUAUAGGGAAACAUGGAGUAAGAAAUUAAAUUUAUAUCAGUGCUGCUGGAUCCUAAUCUUGGGGGUUUAGAAAUGUGGUUUUGGAUAUAAUGAAAUGUUAAUCUACAUGUUCGUGGUGUGAUUAUGAUUUGAAAUGCUAUGCUUGCUCUACCGGAGUGUUGUAUAAGAAUAGGUGCGUACCUUCUUGUCCUCCUUAUUCGACUUUAAGUUCUGGUAAAUGCACUGAUUUUGAUGAGGUCGUCCAAAGUAAUAACUCAUUUUAAUGUAGAUACUAGAUAUAUAGUUAAGGCCUUCUAUGAUUCCACAAAUACUACAGAUACAGAUAUACCUGCCAUCAUAGGAACUCCAUCAUCAAGUGCUACAGACUUUUAAACUACCAAUACGUUCAUAGGAUCUGGGCCCACAAUCUAUUUUAGUUAUUACUUAGGCAAAAGAGUUUUAGGUGGUCCUUUAGUUUGGAACAAGGCUAUUUUUACUUAGAAUUUUGUCCUGAACCCGCAUUAUAAAUUCAGAAUAAAGUUUACUCUAGUUUUGGGAGAUGAUUUUGUCAAUGCUGGAGAUUUCCGCUAUACAGUAGGAGGAUUCCCUUAAUAAAUUAUAACCUAUGCAUAAGGAGCUACUACUACUAAUAAUAUUGGAGCUUUGGGUGUCGAUAAAUAUAUACAAGUAGAUAGAACAGAGAAUCACUCUCUGAGUAGCUUCUAAGUGAUUUUAUAAUGCAAUGCAAUUUCAUCGUAAUCUAUUAAUGACAAUUUUUGUUUAAUAUAUGACUAUUUCAUUCUUAUCUUAGAAGUAUUUAAAUAUCAUAAUUAUAGUGCACUCAAUAUUGUACAGCAUGCACAGGCCCCACAUGGGCAGAAUGCACUGGUCAAUCUGCAUUACCAACUGGAAUGCUAACACCAACAUCCUGUGUAGAUGCCACUUAUUAUCUAGAUAGUUCAGUUACUCCUGCUGUAUGCACAAAAUGUUCCCCUAUAUAUUGUUUAGAAUGUACAAAUCAAUACAUAUGCACUAAAUGUGCAACCAACUUUUAUUUAUCCAAUGGCACAUGCUUAUGUUAUUCCUGGACUUACUUAACAGCCACUAACACUUGUGAUAAUUGUCAUGAUUAAUGUUCUAGUUGCUAUGGUCCUGCAAAAAAUUAAUGUUUAUCAUGCAAGAAUUCUCAACAUAGAUACAUCAAUAAUAAUGUAUGUCUAUGUUAAAAUAACUAUUACGAUGAUGGAGUAAAUAAUAAAUGUCAAUCUGUUUGUGGCGAUAUGGUAGUGACUGAUGGUGAGGAUUGCGAUGAUGGUAAUACAACAAGAUUUGAUGGAUGCAAUAAUUGUAAGUAUGAGUGUCAGAAGGAAUGUUAGAUUUGUGUGAAUGGUAAAUGUUCAGUCUGUUCAACUGGAUAUGUCUUGAAUUCUACCAUGAAGUGGUGCAUUCCUUUAUGUGGAGACAAUACAAUAGUAGGAUCUGAGCAAUGUGAUAAUACCUACAAUUAUCCAAUCAAAUAUUGCUUCAAUUGUUUAUAACAAUGUUAAUCUCAAUGUCUAGAUUGUUAUUAGGGAUUGUGUUAUAGUUGUGAUAAUACUUAGGGAUAUUAUGUGAAUUGGUCUCUCUUAAGAUGUGAUUCUUAAUGUGGAGAUGGAAUUAUAGCAGGAGUCGAAGCAUGUGAUGAUGGAAAUAUCACUCCUUUUGACGGGUGUCACGACUGUUAAUUCUAAUGCGAUUCAUUUUGCGAUAUAUGUUUGUUCUCUAUAUGUACUAAAUGCUAAACAGGAUAUCAAUUAUACAGCAAAACUAAUUAAUGCUUACCAAUAUGUGGAGACAAAUAUGUUACCUUCUAUGAAUCAUGUGAUGAUGGAAAUUUGAUUAGAAUUGAUGGUUGUUUUCAAUGUUAAUUCUUGUGUUAAGAUGAAUGCACCAACUGUUUAUUGGGUUAAUGUUAUGAGUGCAAUACACCAGGUUAUACAUUAAACCAAAAACUAUUAUAAUGUAUUCCUGUUUGUGGAGAUGGGGUUGUAACGUAAUUUCAAGAAUAAUGUGAUGAUCUAAAUUCUGUAUUUGAAGAUGGCUGUUAUCAAUGUAAAUAUGAAUGUUAGGCUGAAUGUGCAGUUUGUGCUGCAGGAUUGUGUUAUUCAUGCCAAUCUAAUUAUUACCUGGAUUAAAAUAAUAUUUGUCUUCCUCUUUGUGGAAAUGGAGUCGUUUCAAAGUUUGAAUAGUGUGAUGACAGUAACACAGUUCCAGAUGAUGGAUGUAAUUAAUGUGUUUUCAAUUGUGAUUCAUAUUGUGAUUAAUGUAUCUUUGGAGUAUGCAAAAAGUGCAUAAUUGGUUACAACUUAAAUUACAGUUAGUAAAAAUGUACGUCAAUUUGUGGGGAUGGGAUUAUUACAAAUGAAGAAUAAUGUGAUGAUAUCUAAAAUGCAGAAUUAAACCAUGAAAUAGAAUGUGUAAGUUGCUAAUUAUAAUGCCAGUAAGAAUGUGAAUUUUGUGUAUUAGGGCAGUGUUAGAGAUGUAAAGAGUCUAACGGAUAUUAUUUAGAUUCAGAAACUGGUACAUGUGUCAGUAUUUGUGGAGAUGCUAUUGUCAGUUAAAAUGAGCAAUGUGAUGAUUAAAAUUCACAAUUAUUCGAUGGUUGCCAAUAUUGUGUCUAAGUCUGUGAUGAUGAGUGUCAUGAUUGCAGAUAUGGAAUUUGCUUUAGUUGUAAUAGUGGCUAUGAAUUGCUAAACUAAAAAUGUAUAUCAAUCUGUGGAGAUGGACUUGUAACCAAAGAUGAAGAUUGCGAUUUUGGAGUAGAUGGAAUUAUUGAUUAUGGAUGUAUCAAUUGCAAAUUUGAAUGUUAUGAGGGUUGUAGUUAAUGUGUAAAUGGACAAUGUCUAGAAUGCAAAAACGAUAAGGGUUGGUAUAUUAAUUAAAUAGAUUAAUAAUGUAACUCUGAAUGUGGAGAUUUUAUAGUAAGUAAUAACGAAAUGUGUGAUGAGAAUUCUAGUUUUUGUGACUCCUGUGCUUUAGUUUGUGAUGAUAACUGUGCCUAAUGUUUCUUAGGCAUAUGUUCAUAGUGUCAAUAUGGAUAUUACCUUGAUUAAAAUCUAUGUACCAGUAUGUGUGGAGAUCUAAUAGAAAGUAGCUAUGAGUAAUGUGACAGUGAUGAUCUGAUUCCGUUUGAUGGUUGUUAUUAAUGUGAAUACUCUUGUUAAACUUAAUGUAUCACAUGCUUAAAUGGUGGGUGUAUAGAAUGUGAUGAGAUAAAUGGUUGGUACUUAAGCAAAGAAUAUUGCCAUACUAGAUGUGGAGAUGGAAUCAAAGCAGGUGAUGAGGAAUGCGAUAUAGAUAUUAAUUUAUAUUAAGGGGACAUAUCAUUAAAUAAGUGUUUUGAUUGUAAAAUCCUUUGUGUAUAAUUUUGCAAGCUGUGUGAUAAAGGACAAUGUACCUAAUGUAUUGAUGGUUAUGAAUUAAAUGAUGAUAAGGAAUGCAUUCAAUUAUGUGAUAGCUUAUAAACACAUCUAAAACAAUGUGAAGAUGAUAAUUUAGAAGCUUUUGAUGGAUGUUUUAAAUGUAGUUUUGAUUGCGAGGAUUUGUGUUAAAGUUGUGUUUAUGGAGUCUGCCAAUCAUGUAAGAUGGGUUAUCAGAUAAAUAAAAAUGGAAAGUGUGAGUCAGUGUGUGGUGAUGGAUAUAUAAGUGAAGUAGAAUUUUGUGAAGAUGGGAAUAACAUUGAAUUUGAUGGAUGUUACUAAUGUAAUUAUUCAUGUCCUUAACAUUGUCAAAGUUGUGUGAAAGGUCAAUGUAAGGCUUGUGAAAUAGGAUAUCAUUUAAACUAUCUGAAUUGUAUUACUGAUUGCACAGACUUAAUUCUAUAGUAAAGUGAACCUUAAUGUUAUAAGGUAUAAUGUCAAAAUUAAUGUGAAGUUUGCAUAGAUGGAUAGUGUUAUCAAUGUAGGUAAGGUUGGCAUUGGAAUUAAAUGAAAUUGAGUUGUGAGAGUUUGUGUGGUGAUGAUGCAAUAAUAGGUGAAGAGCAAUGUGAUUAUAUAUCCACGUUAGAUCAAAUAAAUCCUAAAUGUAAUAAUUAUUGCCAAUUUGAAUGUCCUAAUGAUUGUUUGUAAUGUGAAUUUGGAGUUUGUAAGAAAUGUUAAGAUGGAUACUUCUUGAGAAGUAACACAUGUUAGAGUCAAUGUGGAGAUUUACUGAUUAAUUCAAGUGAAUAAUGUGAUGAUAAUAAUUUAGCUCCCUUUGAUGGAUGCUACUUGUGUUCUUUGGAUUGUUAGUCUCAGUGUGAAAUAUGUGUUUAAGGUCAAUGUGAAAAGUGUCUGCUUGGUUAUGAAUUGAUAGAUAAUAAUUGUUUGCCAGUUUGUGGAGAUGGAAUAGUGACGAAAGAUGAGUAUUGCGAUGACAAAUUCGAUGAUUCAUUGAGUUGUGAGCAGUGUAAAUUCUCAUGUGAUAAGAAUUGUUAAUUUUGUUAAUAUGGAAGAUGUAUAUUCUGUCAAAAGGGAUUUGGAUUAAAGGGUAAUAAUUGCUAACCAAUUUGUGGAGAUGGAUUGAUUUCUGGAUAUGAAUAAUGUGAUGAUGAAAAUUUAUUGGCAGAAGAUGGGUGUUUUGAAUGUAGCUAUUCUUGUUAACAUUAAUGUUUAACUUGUCAGACUGGUUAUUGUUUGGAAUGUGAUUCAUCUAAUGGUUGGUAACUUACUCCAUAAGGAAUAUGCGUAUCUGUCUGUGGAGAUUUAAAAGUAACUGGGGAUGAACAAUGUGAUGAUGGGAAUGAAAUUAAUUUUGAUGGAUGUUUCAAUUGUCGAUACAUCUGUUAAGUAGCCUGUACCAAAUGCUUAUCAGGAUCUUGUUAUGAAUGUAAUACUCCUGGUUGGAGAUUGGAGAAUUUUUUCUGUUGGGAAAUCUGUGGGGAUGGUUUGUAAGUUGGAAUAGAAGAAUGUGAUGAUGGGAAUGAUAUCCCUUAUGAUGGAUGUUAUGAAUGUAAGUCUUAAUGUGAAGAAGCAUGUGUUUUAUGUGAUGCUGGAAAAUGUUUGGAUUGUGCUUUUGGUUGGAAGUUGAAUGCCUAAAAUAGAUGUGAAGCUUAUUGUGGAGAUGGUUAUGUCAUUCCUAGAUAUGAAGACUGCGAUGAUGGCAACCUCAUCCCUUAUGAUGGUUGUUAUGAAUGCAACUACUAAUGUGAAUAAUUGUGUACAAGUUGUUUAAAAGGCAUUUGCUAUGAAUGCAAUGUUCCUGGAUGGUAGAUUUCAGAGUUCUAAUGCAUUCCAGUUUGUGGAGAUGGAGUGGUCUAUGGUAAUGAACAAUGUGAUGAUGGUAAUCUAAUUCAAGCAGAUGGAUGCAGCAAUAAAUGUGAAUUCUAAUGUCAUUCAGCUUGUUUAUUAUGCGAAAAAGGUAUUUGCAAGGAGUGUGAUGCAUCUUAAGGGUUCUUUGAGAAUCUGAAUUAAUGUGCUUCUUAAUGUGGUGAUGGACUCUGGGAACCCUUAACGGAAUAUUGUGACGAUGCUAACAAUUUUAAUCUUGAUGGAUGUUCUGCGGAUUGCAAAAUUGAAACUGAUUGGUUUUGUUAAAAUUAUUAAUUAUUAGUUAGUAAUUGCUUUUAUCAAAAGUAACCGAUUAUUCAAUUAGAACUUAUUGACCAAUAAGAUAAUGUCUCAACCAUUUAGAUUUCAUUCUCAACUAAAAUGAUGCUCAGCUUUAGCAAUGAUUCUUCUCAAGUCUUCUUGGAAAAUUAAGUUGAAGAUGGCAAUAAUAACGAUAUCAAUUUAAUAGAUCUAAAGAUUGAAGAUUUAGAUGAAAAUUCAUACAGUUACUCUAUCAAUCCUAUUACACCUGUUAGUUAAGAACCAGCCUUUGCGACAUAUCUUGCAUACAUUGAACUCAAGACUACAAUUUCAUUACAAAAAAUUAAUGUUAGCUUUAUAGUGAAUAAUAAACUUAUUGUUUCUGAAAACAGAACAAAAUUAAUUAAAAAUGUAGAAUCAAUCUAAAUACAUACUCAAACAUACAUCAGUAAUUCAGCUGAACAGCUUAUAAAGACAUUUUCAGAAUUUUAAACAUUUCAGUCAUAUUCAUUUUUAACUAUCACUCUAGUUAGUAUAUAUACAAGUGGUUACUCAAAUUUCUAUAUGGCAUGUGAUACAUUAUAGUAUCUCUAUUAUUCAAAAUAUAUUAAUUUGCCCUUCCCUGAUAAUUUAUAAUAAUAUCUGAAUAGUCUCAAAGAAUCACAAAUAUCCCAAAUUGCAACUAAAAAGUUAGGGAUAUCUGUGAUGAAAUUUGAUGAUAAUUAGACCUCUAAUACAGAUAACAGUUAAAUGCCUCAACCUUUCGGAAAGGAUUCUCUUACCUAUGA